AUGCUGUUUCGAGACCCAUCCAAGCCUGAGUUGGUUGUGGAGAUCCCACCCAAUGGCAAACAACCCAAGGCAGUUGUCAUUCUUCUUGGCUGGUUUGGUGCCAAGUUUCGUCAUGUGAAAAAGUAUGCAGAGCUCUACGAAAAGCGUGGGUGCACUACCAUCUGUGCCAUUCUAGAUAACCGAUCCAUUAUGCUGGCCGAUACUAUCAAGAUGGACGAAUUUGCCACUGCGGUGGCCAAGGAAGCGGCCAAGCACCUGCGCCAAGCUGGCAAUGAUGAGGUGCCUCUGGUCUGUCAUGCGUUCAGUAACGGUGGAUGUCUUCCUCUCACCCGAAUGCAACUCAUGAUGAUGGAAAAGAUCCCCCGUGAUGAGGAGGAUGUGGAUGACUGGAUCCUGCUACAAGAUCGCUACCGUCUUGGAGGAGUGGUUUUGGAUUCAUCCCCAGCUUUUCCGGAUUUGAGAACUUUCAAGCGUGCCAUUCAAGGUGCUUUGCGAAGUCGUGUCCUGGCAUACAUAAUAUUUCUUCUUAUGGCCAUGUACUGGCAUGUUUGCAGCCUUUUCUUGGAAGUCCAGGGGAAACAAACUUUUCUGGGCAUCUUCUGGUCUCACUGGGAGAAUUCUUCACAAUUAACCAGGGUUCAGGCGUUUAUCUACAGCACAGCUGACACCAUCACAAGAUAUCAAAAGCUAGAUGAACUGGUCAAGACCCGUAUGGCACAUGCUGGAGCCAAUGUUCUCGUGAAGCGGUUUGAUGACAGUGAUCAUGUGCAGCACAUGAUGGCUCACAAAGAAGAGUAUUGUAACUUGAUUGAUAAGAUCCUGGAGAGGGGCAAAUGA